ACAGCAUAAGAUGUUGGGUUUUAGUUCUUUUUACAAAGUUUUGUUGCACUGUUAAAAGGUUUAUUGCACUGUCAGUAUCUUCUGUUGUUGUGUGGUUCUCUGUUGUUCUUUGACUAAAACCUCAGUGGUCAGUUUGGCCCUUAUAUGUUCGUUCUCUCGUAUGAGGAGUCAUCUCAAUUUAGGAAUCUCCAAACCAGAAGAGGUUUCAGAUGAUACAGUGAAAGUUGUGGCUGAUACUUUAAAGAAUUCUACUUUUCUUAAGGUUUCUGAAGAUGGUAAGAAGAUUGGUAGGGCUACUGAGCUUUUGCCACCAGAUGAGGUCAUAGAACAAUCAGACAGUAGGACAAUUGCCGCAUCACCCCUAGAGUAUGAUGUCAAGCUUGAACAUGUGGAAUCCUUCUUUGGUCAGUUUGCCAAGGUUAAUAAUGUGAGGAUGCCUCGCCAUAUUGCAGACAAAAGGUUAUUUUGUGGCACUGCUUUGGUUGAGUUCUCGACUGACGAAGAUGCGGCUAGCACAUUUCUUGCUUGCACCAUGCUUCUCUACUUCACCUUGCUUAAGCCCCUUUGA